AUGGACUCUGGAUUCUACUGGGGAGGUGGAAGGCGGAAAGACUACAGCUCCCAGCGGCCAUUGCGAGGGCACAAGGGAAGCUGGCCGCCCGGGGGGAGAACCCCGAGCUUGGAGGAGGCAGGAGAUGGCAGCAUGAUGGAGCAGCCGGAUGCUUCCCUCGGUGCCGCCCCUCUGGGUCCGCCCUUCCCCCCGGGGGACGUUCUGGCCACCCAGUUCCUGCAGGCUGAGCUGGAGCAGAACAUGCGUCUCAGGGAGCUCUCCUUCCUCAACCCCGUCUGUUACGUCUACAACCCUCUGGAGUACGCCUGGGAGCCCCACGAGGACUAUGUGAAGAGAUAUUGCCGUUCCCCUAAAGAAGUGCUUUUCCUUGGCAUGAACCCCGGCCCGUUCGGGAUGGCACAGACUGGGGUGCCCUUUGGGGAGGUGCGUCACGUCCGGGAGUGGCUGCAGAUCCGUGGGCAGGUGUCUAAACCGGCCCAGGAGCACCCCAAGAGACCUGUCCUGGGGCUGGAGUGUCCCCAGACGGAGGUGAGCGGUGCCCGCUUCUGGGGCCUCUUCCGCUCACUGUGCACUGGCCCUGAGGCCUUCUUCCGCCGCUGCUUCGUCCACAACCACUGCCCGCUGCUCUUCAUGAGCCAGAGCGGCAAGAACCUGACGCCGGCCGACCUGCCGGCUGCCCAGCGCGAGCGCCUGCUGCAGAUCUGCGACGACGGGCUGGCCCAGGCCGUGCGCCUGCUCAGUGUUGCCAUGGUGAUCGGCGUGGGCCGCUUCGCCGAGCAGCGGGCCCGCAAGGCCCUGGCCUCGGCUGGCCUCCAGGUCCGGGUGGAAGGCUUGAUGCACCCCUCGCCUCGCAACCCCCAGGCCAACAGGGGCUGGGAGGCCAUUGCCAAGGCCAGGCUGGAGGAGCUGCGUGUCUUGCCCCUGUUGACAGGCUGAGCCUGGGGCAGGGAGGACACCCCCUGCUGGAGACACUCACUGGGUCUCAUUCAUGGCCGAUGCUCCUGGCCACCUAGGACAUAACAUUUCUGUUGCCGUUGCCACUGAUUAGCGGAUAACAGGAGCCCCGUCCUGAAGGCUGGGGCUUCCUGCACCAACACUACCUCCCCAAACCCUCACCUGGAGUCUUGUUACUCACCAUCUACAUCCCCCAUAGGGGGCUGCAGAGAAGCGGCCUCGGAUCCUGCUCUCAACUGGUGUCUGAUGGAGACAGGGACUGCAGCCUUCAGAUCUUCAUGAGCUGGGGGUUUGGUUCAGGCCUGUCUUCAGUUCUGCCACCUCUCUGUGGCUGGGCCCAGUCCUGGCUGGAAGGGCAAGUCAGAUCCUUCCACCCCCGGCUUGUUAGAAACCAGUUGGUUCCCAUGCUGUUCGGCCCCCUUAACACUGAGAUGAGCUGGAGUUUGACAUCAGGAGGCAGCUUGGAGUGCUGACCAAUUUACACCAGCCCAGAUCCACUCCCUUGGUGUCCUGUUGUGACGGGAUCCCUGGGGUAUGACCUGGAACUGUGGGAUUGCUGUGCCUCCUUAAUCAUAUUUUGCCAACCCCCCGCCCCCCGUGCUGUUAUCAUUCAGCACCAGCAUGCAGAGACACACCCAGCUAACUUGCCUGAAUGGUCUCCAAGCCACUCCUGAACUAUGCAGAGGGAAACACCAGCACAUCUCCCAAGCCCCCAGCCUUGCACCCCAGAAAUAUACCGUCUUGCACUCCUCAAGACCUAUUCUUGAACCGUGCAAGCUCAUUAAUUAGUUUGCCCCUUCGUCAAAGGAUAGGGGACAUGCACCAGCCUUUGUAAUCUGAGUAGAUUCCCCAAGCACUUUAGACAAACUCAUGGCUAAAGAUAAAACAUUAAAGUAAAAUCUGUCUUCCUGUAGUUAAUAAACUUAAGUGAUUGUCAGUGUUAGGCACAGAGAUCAAAGUUGGUUACAUAAGAAAUAAGAACAGACUUGCAAUCUAAAUUCUAACUUGAACAGACAAAGAUUUACAUCAAACAACUUUUCUCACCCCGCUGGAUGUUGCUGGUAGGUUAUAGUUCUUAAUACACAGGCUGGAUCGCUCUCUCAUCCUGGGACCAGUCUCCUCAGUUCAAAGUCUUUGUCUUUCC